GUCUGGCGUUCUCUGGCUUGUUGAGGGGGCAAAGUGACGGAGGUUCUGGUUUUGCCCGGCGGUUUCUUCCGAGCUAUUUGUGAACUCUUGCUGUGUGUUUGUUAUCGAGUUCCCUUUAUGUAAUCCAUAUCCGGGUGCGCAUUGCCAUCUUCGUUUGACUUCGGAGGUGAUUGAAUUGAACCGGUUAGUAGAGUGAGUGGGCUUUUUUGUGCGGUUGGACCGUCGGAGCGAAGAAGACAGCGAGGGACAAGCGUAGUCAUCGUCGUACGCGUGCGGUUGAUUGAUUGGUAGGGAUGGACAGAGGAAAGAGCAGUGGUGGGGGGCAGAGUUCGUUAGGCUACUUGUUCGGUGGCGGAGAGCCGAACAGCCGUGGAGCCGCGCGGUCGAGCGCGCCUCCGGCGGAAAGACCGACGCCUGUCGCAGCAGUGGCGCCGACUCCAGCGCCUGUUGCUCAGUCCGUGGCCAAAGAGGCGUCUCCAAGGACGCAGCCGGCUUCUGGCACCUCACUAGAAAUGGGAGGGAAGCUCGGUAGAAGCAACAAUAACUACUUCCGUGCUGAUGGACAGAACUCAGGCAAUUUUAUCACGGACCGCCCUUCCACAAGGGUUCAUUCGGCCCCUGGCGGGGGUUCUUCUCUUGGGUACUUGUUCGGCGGUUAAAUGGACAUCUCGAUGUGCCUACGUGUGGUGUUUGGAUGCGCACAUUCUCUCUUUAUAUCCGGCUAGUCCUCGUUGGUGAACUUUUGUCAUGCCUGUGGCUCCUGGGGCCUGUUUCGUUAGGCACUUUGUUAAGCGAGAGCCCUUUGGUAGAAGUACCUAGGGAGUGUUGUGUGGCGGAGGUGGUGUUUACGGGUUGUCAGGAUCUCGCUUUCAAGCUGGUUAUCUGCUGAAGGCUUUGAACACUUUUGGGCAUAGAUUCAUUGUGCAAGGUGCUUUCUGGCUGUCCAGGGUGGGGAGAGAGGGAGGGGAGGGAUGUUGUAUUGCCAGAUUUGCACGCUUGACCUGUAUUCGGGUUCUGAUCCUGAUUGGAGCUCUCUGUGUCAUGGAGACGAGCCUGUCAGAAUGAGAAUGUGCGGCCAGACGACGAGAGAGUCUCUGAAGUAAGGGGGGGUUUCCAUGAGGUGGUGUUUGCGUGGAGGGCUCCUACGAUUGAACGAGCUCUCUUUUAAUCGCCUUGGGGUGUGUGUGCAAACAUUUCAAGAAAAUUGUGAAUUGCCUGGUCUACUCCGGACCGACCUGAUGUGGAUGAAGUCGAUCUGAAGAUCUGGUCGUUGUGCGUUAUGGUGCAAUCACUUGGGGAUGUGGAUUCGGAUCGUUGUUCAGGGUCUGGACUCGGGGGGAGUGUUUUUCAGUUUCUUCUGGGAAUCAGGGGGCUGAGGAGUUAAUUUUUUUUCGAUGGGAGCCCUGUUUAUUGGGGGGGUGAGGAAGGCCCCUGCUCUAUGAACCCAUGCCUACACAUUUGUUGGCUCUUCUUUUUUUUCUUUUUCCCUCUUAUGGUUUUAGUCUAUUAGAUUAUGGAGUGUUUCUCACAGGUGAGCAUCAUUCUGUACAGUCGAGUAGUAGAGUCCCCUAUCUGUACUAUGAUAAAUGGGAGUGAAGAGGAGGUGGAGACAGCGAAGUCAAGGAGUAAGAGACAGCCAAGUAGAACCUAAUCAAUGUCCCUUUGCACUCGCAGGAACGAUAGCGCAGUGGAAACAUGGUGUCGAAUGAAGUUUGGAGGGGGGAGAGAGAGAGAGAGAGAGAGAGGAACGACUCUCUUUUGUCGUUGUGUUCGUCUGCAUAGCUGCGAUUUGACUCGCUGAUAGAUUGUCUGUCUAUAUUCUCAGGUGAUGAGGGGCUGAAUGCUAUUUUCGUACUCUCUCUCAAAUCAGAAGGCCAGCUGGUUUGGCGGUCCUCUUGAGGUCCACAAUGUCCCAAGACCUCUGUAUCUGCUCAUUGAAUCGAAUUUGGGCUUUUGGCACUUUGUUUUUCUCGCAUAAAAUCUCUCUUUUUGAUGUUUGCUGUCAUUCCAUUUUGUGAUGCUUGCGUGUUUUGGUCCCAGAAUCCCUUUCCCGGAUGAGGGAAACGGGAUGAAUGUCGUCCAGGUGGGCGUCCAGGUGGGUUUCAUCUGGAACUCAGGUUCUGAAGGUGCCGCCGCCGAAUUGCCUCAGUAACCGUCUCGUUUAUAUUUUUGGAGUGUAUAGGCCUCCUUGUCCUUCUUUCUUGAGAUCAAAUGCGUCUUUGUCCCUCUUUUAUUUAAGAUCAAAUGCGUCUUGAAGUCG